AGACCUUUUCAUCCUACGAACUGAGAUUUCUCUCCUUCACAUUCCUCCUCCCCUCUUCUUCUUUCGUUCAGAAUAGGGAUGUAGAACGAAGAGAGCAGCACACAAAACACCCCGCAUUUCACAUUCGCAGACCUCCCCCCCCCCCCCACACACACACACGCAUCCACCUUUGUAUUUAUCACAGCGACGACAGCUGAAGUAACGGCGACUAACAUUAAAACAUCGUUUAUAUUUUCCAAAAGAAAAGAAUACGUACAAUAAUUGUAUCCUUCAAUUUCUGCCCUUCUACAAUGCCCGACUUAAAGAGGGAUGUGCUGUCCAUCGACGGCAUCUACUACGACACCGAAAAGGUCGCCCAGAUGCACCCCGGUGGGUCGAUGAUGGUGCGUCUGUGCAACGGCCGCGAGUGUACUGCCAUCUUCAUCAGCUACCACCGCCGCCGCUUCCCCCACGAACUGUACACGGAACUGCAGGUGCCAAAGGAGGAGGUACACCCGGACAGCUGGAUUGAACAGCGCGAGCAGCCCAGCUACGACAGCUACCUCGAGCUCUGCAGCAAGAUUCAACCGAUCAUUGCCCCCACGAAGGGCUUUGCGCCGUGGUACUACUACCUGAAGGCGGCCCUGUGGCUGACGAUUAUGCUGGGUGUUGACUUGUACUCGCUCUUUUACCGCCGCGGCUGCUUGCUGACGGUCAUCCAGUCCCUCUCAAUGGCGAUGGUCGGCCUGAACGUGCAGCACGACGCCAACCACGGCGCACUGAGCCGCGACUGGCACAUCAACCGCGUGCUGGGGCUCUCACAGGACCUUCUCGGCGGCAGCAGCAUCAGCUGGAUCAUCAACCACGACUACAUCCACCACAUAUACACGAACGAGCCGGAGCGCGACGGCGACCUCGAGAUCCCGCUGCUGCGGCUGCACAGCGGCAUCCCGGUGAAGCUCGCCUACUGCCUGCAGCAGUUUUACGUGUUCCUGCUGGAGGCCGUCUUCGGUCCGGUGCACGUGCUGUCGAACAUCGUCUUUCUCGCGAAGGGCCCAAAUGAGAAGCAGCGGCUGCUGAAAUCGCAGUGGGACAUCAGCCGCUGCAUGAUCUCCAUCAUCCCGUACCGCCUGCUCUGCAACUUUCUGCACGCCUCGAGCUUUGGCGAUGGGGUGGCGAGCUGCAUGCUGCAGUACAUGUUCGGCGGCUUCUACCUCGCCUACUUCUUCCUCAUCUCGCACAACUUCGAUGGCGCAAAGAAGGUGGGUACGAGCGAUGGCCAGGACUUCGUUGCGUGCCAGGCCGAGACGAGCUGCAACUUCGGCGGUUGGUGGUGGGGCCAACUGAAUGGUGGGCUGAACUUCCAGAUCGAGCACCACCUUUUCCCUCGCGUGCACCACGGCUACUACGUCUACCUCGCCCCUAUCGUCCGCCAGUUCUGCGAGGAGCACGGCUUCACGUACGUUCACUACGACACAAUCCAGGCGAACCUGCAGAGCACCUUCCGUCACAUGGAGAAGUACGGCCGUGGCGAGGAGAAGGUGAAGAUGCUGUAA